GUCCCUAGGCAGGCAGUAUAACUGGGGCAAAACAUGGCUUUAAGAACGAUAUGCGGCUACGAGGUACCCCAGGUCUACCCCACACACUGGCUACUAGUAUAGCGGCGGAUCACGUCCAGUUCCAUGUCCAGUUCCAUGCCGUACAAAGUGACGACCUUGCCGUCCCCAUAUUCCCCUACAAGUCUGCGAUAUCGUAACAACAAAUCUAGACAGGCUCUCCUUUUCUUCGUAGCCCCCAUCAAGCAAGUAUGGCUGACCAAGCCGACCAAGCCGACUCUCUGCCCGCCGUUGACGAAAGCCACAUUGCCGCCACCCGCGAGCGGCGAAACUCGCUCGAGCAGCACUUAAAACAACGUCCAGGUCGCUCCGAGCUCGUUGAAAGAAACAUCCUGCCUGCGUCCACCGCCGCUCCGGGCUUGCAGGAACGACAGAAGGAGUUGGCGAAGCAUAUGCGUGCGGAUUCUCUGAACGACAAGAUCUCCCACCGGCCCCCUCCCGAGAAGCUGUUGGAGGACGGCGUGCUUCACGAUGACCCCCGGUCGCCCGAGGAGAAGUACGCGGAGGCGAUCGAAGACGAGUAUGCCAAGCGGGAGGGUGGUGCCUAGGCAAAGCCGCCGAGUUUAGAAGAUGUAGCCUAUGGCGCAGUCAUCGUCACCGCUUCUGUGGAUGAAACUGGAUACAAAUCUGCAUUUCUUAUCGCGUUCGGCGACUAAUGGGCCUCACAGCUAGCCCUCGAAGCCGCCUGUGCCCCUAGGUGAUAUACGCCGCGUUCCCUCCCUCCCACGCCGUAGUCAGAUGCGGGUUGCUU